UCAUUACAAGCAUUGCUUUAUAAAAGGUUCACCUCAGUGGAUAGAACAGGUCCAUUGCUGAAUUCCAACUGGCAGGAGAACACGGUUAGAUAUGGAAAGCUUGUCAUAGCGUCUGAGCCAACCCUCGACAACACACAGUGUAUUCGAUUGAUGCAGAAAGAUUGACGCUUUCUCAUGAAUGUUGGAUCCGGGGAAUGGUUCAACCUAAGAAAGGUCCUAUGGAUUCCGCUGCUGUUCCAAAAGUCACCAUCGAGGUCAGCCCCGAUUCCAGCCCCAGCUCGGAUCCUGAAGCUGUGAUCUGUCCCACCCGAAAGCCCCUGGAAUUGUCAGCUCGCUCCAAGGUGGUGCGCGCCCGGGGCAGGCCAGCGGCAGCGAAUGCAGCCCGGGAGCGGAGCCGGGUCCAAACCCUCAGGCAUGCUUUCCUAGAGUUACAAAAAACACUGCCGUCAGUCCCUCCGGACACCAAGCUAUCCAAACUGGACGUCUUAAUUCUGGCCACCACCUACAUUGCACAUUUGACCCGGACCCUGGAAGAAAGUCUGGAGGACGGAGAAGGUCGGAGAUCCGCUGAGUUAAUGCACUCCCUCAAAGUGGACGGAUAUCUGCACCCUGUCAAAAAGUGGCCGAUGCGAUCCCGGUUGUAUGUUGGCGCAACAGGUCAGUUUCUGAAUUCUGGUCAAUCAGAAAAUCAAACUCAAGCAGCGGUGAGCAGCCCGGAUCCUGUCUAAGAUGAGACACUUCACAAAGUUCAUCGCACGGUGUUUAUACUUAAAAUUAGUAUUGUCAACUUCGCCGCUACUUUGAAUUCCUUAGAGAGUAAACUAUCCAUUUUCAAGAUAAAGAAAUCUUAAAGAAAUUAGUAAGCAAAAUAUAUUGCUCAAUGCAAUUAUUGAACUAAGGCGUAUCUGAAAUUGAUUUACUAUGUCGUUUAAUGUGUAUAUUCAAAGUAUAGUCUCCAAAUGUUUCGCGAACUAUGAGCUAGGUGUUACUUUAAACUGUUUGUAAAUAUCGAUAACGAUGCGUACACACUAUGCUCGUACCAUCCUCCCUUCUAUUUUAUAUCAAACAAAUCUGGACAUGCCGAUUGAGAAGUAUUAAUGUCUGCAAACUUGUAAAGCGCUGAACCUCAUGUUUUCAGUUCAAAGACUUCUCGGCCUAAUGGUAUUGACAGAAUUGGGUUUGGUUUCUGGUACUGAAGACUAGGCUUGGCUGAUUGGCUAUGCACUUUCAAUUUCAAUCGGUUUGCACUAAACACAAGAUUGAACAAAUAGCAGUAUAACAUUGUGCACGCCCGGCUACUGUGAAUGUGUGCAUCAUUUUCUUAGAUCAUUAAAGUUUUUUUUAAAUAAAGUGCUCCAUUUUCAUUCAACCUCGAUGUGUUUGGAACGUUUUUAAACCUGCGGAUAGUUGAGCAGUACAUUUAUAUCAAGUAUUACACAAGUGGAAUCAAUCAAAUUGUGUGUAAAAUGUGUUAAAGUUAGAAACAUCAAACUUAAAAAUGAUUAUUCUUAACCAGAGAACAAAAAACAAGCAUGUAUUUAUACUAUACAAAUCAAAUGCUGCAGAUGCUGGAAAUCUGAAAAACAAAAAAAAAGCGGAAAAUAUCGAACAAAUGGGGCAGCGUCUGUGCAGAAAGAAACAAAACGCAUGUUUUCAGGUGCAACUGAGAAAGGUCGGCAAGCAUUGGUGUUACAUUGAAUUAUACUGUUUUCAAGGAUGCAGACAUAUGUACACAUUUUGAAAGAAUAAUUUGCAUUUAUAUUUAACUUAUCAUAGCAAAUUGACCGUGAAUAAACCGGCCAGUAUAUUUCGAUUGUUUGUUUCAUAAUUUUAGUAUAGCUCGCUAAGACGCCUCAGUAUUUCCAACAAUUGUUGUUAAU